AUGGAAGACAAGGCUACAGAAAACGGAGUGGCAGCCAUGGCCGCCUGCUACCAGCGCUUUGAUCCAGUGGCAUACCUGCAGUACAAUUACACUCCACCACGGGCUGACUUUGACAGGAAGGACAGCAUUGUGCCAUGGAAACUGGCAUGCUUGCAUCGAGCCUUCACGGAAGGUGACGUGAGCGGCAAGCUGCUGGUGGACAUCGGAUCUGGUCCCACCCUGUAUCAGGUCCUGAGUGGCUGCGAGGUCUUUAACGAGGUGGUCCUCACAGACUUCCUGGAGGUCAACCGCAAGGAGCUGAGGCGCUGGCUACAUGGCGAGGAAGGCUGCAGCCUGGACUGGACUCCAUACCUGCAGCAUGUGUGCAAGCUGGAGGGCCGACGGCCCUCAGCAUGGGCAGAGAAGGCCGCCAAGCUCCGCCAGGUGAUCACAGACAUCCUCCCCGUCGACGUGCAUUGUCCUCAGCCUCUGGACCCUCAUGUUCUCCCCCCCGCGGGGGCCGACUGCCUGGUGUCCUGCUUCUGCCUGGAGAGCGUGAGCCCCGACCUGGCUGCCUUCACCAAGGCCCUGGGCCACAUUCAGAAGCUGCUCCGGCCCGGCGGCCAUCUCCUGCUCAUCGGCGCCCUGGGGGAGAGCUUCUAUUUUGGGGGACCCGGGGUGAAGAUCCCCGUGGUCCCGCUGGAUGAAGCGGAGGUGUGCGCCAGUCUGAAGGAGAGCGGUUACACCCUUAUCAGGUUGGAGGUGUACACGCUGCCUCAGGACAUGAGAGUGGGGGUGGAUGAUGUCACUGGGGUAUUUUUUGCGAAGGCAAGGAAGGACUAAACAGCGGACGUGUGUGUAAAAAUGAUCGACAAGGACGUGAGACGCCAGCUGGUGUUUGAAUGUGAUUACACAGCACCCCCUGCAGUCCAAACGACGCCAUUACAGCGCACCCAGUCGAUCACAGAUGACUCUUUAAAAACAAAUCCUAAUAUAAUUUUUAUUUAGUCCAGAGUACAUUAAAUGUAUAAUUAAUGGAUGAUAAAAAUAUGAAUAACAUCACAGUACAUUAAAAUUAACAAUAAAUGUUAUGAUACAGUAUUUUAAAAAUCGA